AGACGCCGAUAUCCAGCACCGCCUUUGGCUCGCCAUCGCUUCGCCGUCGCCCUCGCUUCGCCGUCGCCCUCGCUGCAUUCGCCCCCAAAGAAUCCGACAACGGGAACAGCCAGGACACUGUCUCUCUGAGCGACCGACCGAUUGAACGAACGACCGACUGACCGCCCUCCAACAGCCCACCGCACCAAGACACACAGCCGCACAUCAUGUUCUUCUCGCGAGUUUUGCGCCAGGCCCCCGCCUUCUCGACCAAAACCACCACUGGCCUGUACGGCCUGGCUGUCCAUCCCAACCCUCGCCCGCAGCUGAUUUCUCUCUACAAGCGCAUCAUCCACGCUGUGCAGCGCCAGCCCGAGAGCGCCGUCUUCCGUCAAAGUGUCGAGUCGCUCGCCCGCCACCGUCUGGCCAUCGUCGAGCAGGAAAACGACAUUGACAAGAUCGAGACCACCAUCCAGGCCGGCCAGAUCGAGGAGCUCAUCCAGCAGGCCGAGGACGAGCUCAAGCUUGUCAACAUCAUGGAGAACCUGCGCCCGUGGGAGCCCCUCGAGACCAAGGCCCCCGAGGGACAGUGGGUGUACUUUAACUGAACUCGCUGCGCCGACUUGGACUGCCAAUAAACGACGGCGACGCUGUGUCCUGGAAUCGCGACCGAUCCCAAUAUAUCUCGCAUGAAGCACUAUGCGGUACCGCAGA